UAACCCGGAUGUAAAGAUUUCACUUCCGGAUCACAUGUCACAUGUAGUUCCUGUGAAUUUCAAACUUUCUCCAGCGAUUAUGAACAUUAACUGUGUGACAACAACUAUCAUUUUAACAUAAAUGGUGUAUUUUACAGUAGUUUUUAAGGUUUAUUUGGACUUUACUCAUGAGCAGUCAUCACUACACUAGACGACCUUUGAAUGUCUCUCAAGCUUCUCAUCAUGUUGUCUCACUGUGUCAGAAACGUCCCAUCAAGACUCCUCUGCAUAUUAAAAACCUCCCAGUGUAGAAUAACACCUGCUCUGCAGCAACACACCAGGAGACACUGCAGUGCAUCACCAUCCAGUGAGGGUUUGGAUGAGGUGAGGACUUUGCUGCAGCUCUGUGUGGACAGGUACUAUGUCUCACCUGGUGAGACUAACACAGAGCUGUUUAGGUGUGGGAUGAGCUGCAGCUAUGGUCCUCUGGGCAUGGAGCUGAGGAGGAACCUGCUGGAGCAGUGGUGGCACUCUGUGACCAGCUCCACAGCUCAGGUGUUUGGGAUAAACACUCUGAGCAGCAGCAGCAAGGACACAGCAACAGAUGGACUGGGGAUUGUUGAGUCUGAACAUUUAAAACACAUACUUGAGCAGCAAGAUCUGAGCAAAGAGCAGCUCAUCCAGAAGGUGCAGAUGCUCAUUCAGAGGUCUCCAUCUCUGAGGACAAACUUCCUGCAAGGUGCCUUGGAGCAAUUUGUCCCCUCGUUGAAGCUGGUGAACAGGAAGCUGCCCUUCGGCCUGGCUGAGACUGGUCUGUGUUUCCAGCCCUCAGAUGGCUCCGGUUGCCCGGCUGAGGUCACCCAGACGUCUCUGGUGUGGUUCUGCUCUCCUCGUACCUCUUCCCAGUGGCUGGAUCACUGGACGCGACAGAGACUGAAGUGGUGGAGGAAAUUUGCCUUGUCUCCAUUAGACUUCAGCAGCAGUGACGUCCCAGAGGAGGAGCUCGAGACGGCGUCUCGUGGUGUGAGGAUCGUUUACAGGUUCCCGUGGGGACAGGAGCCCCUGGAGACGCUGUGGAGCAGAGGAAACGCCAAGCUGCUGCACACACACAAAGGAGUCCGUUCCAAACUACAGAGUCGAGAUGGCCGUAAGUCAGACACUCACAUCGUCUCGGUAACCGGGAACAUGGACCGCGGUGUGAUGGCCUUCAUGUCCAACUCACUCCAGCAGCAGAAAAAAGAAGACGGCAAGCAGAAGCUGGUGCAGAGGAAGGUCCUGAAGUUGCAUCCAGUGUUGGCUCCAGUCAAAGUGGCUUUAGACAUUGGCAGGGGAGCCACUGUGGAGCUGAGGCAGGUUUGUGAAGGGCUGCUGCAGGAGUUUAUGGAGGCUAAGAUCUCUGCGUGGCCCGGGUAUCUCGACACUCAGCCAACGUCAAUGGAGCAGCUGAACGUAAAGUACGAUGAGAUGGGAGUGCUUUUCACCGUGGUGAUCAGCGAGAACACGCUGGAGAGCGGCCUGCUUCAAGUCCGCAGCAGAGACACCACCAUCAGAGAGACCAAGCACGUCUCUGAGAUCAAGAACUUUCUCUCCACAUACAUUUCUGCUGCCGACAACAUCUGAAUGGACUUUUUGUUUUGGCAGCUAAAAGGAAAAGAAUGACUAUUGUGCUGCUUCAGGUUUUGCAUCCCUUCCAGGUACAAAAUCUACGAGUUAGGGACUUCUUGUGAGGAAUAUUUCAGCUGAACGGAGCAUUUAAUGGAAAUUAAUCUUUUCCUGAAUGACUUUUGACUCAAUGUGACCGAAUUAGGACUUGUGGAUAUUUUAUGUGUUUAUGUGGCUGUGGCCAUUCUGUACCUCAUCUUUGAAAAGGCUUUAAAGAAACUAUUUCUGUGACUGGUGACGAGGAGAUGUGCACAGUGUGUCAUGUUGCUCAAAGUUUAUGUUGCACAUACCCCAAGAUUUUUAUUGGGUAUGACUUAAAGGUCCAGCGAAUAGCAUUUAGGGGGAUCUAUUAGCAAUAAUGGAAUAUAUUAUUCAUAACUAUGUUUUCAUUAGUGUAUAAUCACCUGACUUUGAGAAUCAUUGUGUUUUCAUUACCUUAGAAUGAGCUCUUCUAGCUACAUAGGGAGCGGGUGCUUUUCACGGAGUCCGCCAUGUUGCUCCGUCAUGUUUCUACAGUAGCACAGGACUGACAAGCCAAACACUGGCUCUAGAGAGAGACUUUCACGGUUUUACGUUGAAGUGGCAGCUUAAAUUUGGUGUUGCGAAUGCACCGGUUGAAAGACGGAGGAAGAAGAAAGAAGAGGAAUAAGUUGGUGCUGGUGCUGCUGGCUAACCAUUUAGUGUUGUGAAAAUUUUGAGAACCCAAAUUUUGACAAAUGGAGGAUUGUGCUUAUUACUUAGCACAAGAAAAAGAAAGGGAGCAUGAAUCCUCGUCGUCAAAGAAGCAGAAACAUGAAGCUAAACGAAAUCGUGACAGGCAACGGCAGAAAAGGAGGAUAAACAUUGGUGUGGCCUUCAUGUUUUCAGAGUGACACCAGAGUUUCCUGUUUUCUGCUGAACCUGAAGGCCACCGUAGAUUCUUUACACGCUUGGAAACGGAGGGGUGCAACCUCACCGCUAGAUGCCACUAAAUCCUACACACUGCUCCUUUAAGGACUUACAGCCUCCUAUCAGUGCUUCUGAGACAAAGAGGUGGAUAACUACAGCAUGUGAUAAAGUCACUGUGUGAAUUCACCAGGGUGGUAUUUACAUGACCGAAGGAGGAUUGGGAUAAAUCUUUUGUGUGUUUAUUUCUGUCUCACUUUCUAUUAAAAUAUACAGAAUGUCUCUUUUAAUAUUUAAA